CAGCACUGUUCGUUAACUGACUUUCUACGAAUAGUUGGAAAGGCGAGGACAACGUCAACCCCUGUCAAAGACACUCGGCUCACCCGGCCAGGAAGAGGUUCUCUCGUCCGCUUAAAUUAAACGUCGCGUAAAUAUCGAUCGAAAUGUUUCGCGAGUUCGUCCUUCUCGCGAGUCUGCUUUAUCUGGGAAACGAAAGCGUGCACGGAAUCCAAAGAUGGGGAACUCAGUUCGGGCAGGCCCCGCUGUUGGAAAGAUUUUUCUGGAGGACAUUGGACUACGCUUAUCCGGACGAGGCGAGCAAAACAAUGGCAAUGAUGAAAGGGGAAUACAUACCGGAGAACGCGUUGCCCGUUGGUAUAGAAAUUUGGAGGAACAAACUCUUCGUUACCGUGCCAAGAUGGCGUAACGGAAUACCAGCGACGUUGACCUACAUAUCGCUCGACACGAAUCGAGGAGGUAGCCCAAAGCUCACUCCUUAUCCCAAUUGGGCGCAGAAUAAAGCUGGAGCUUGCGGUAGCGCGAUCACCACCGCCUACAGAAUACACGCAGAUAGUUGCGAUAGAUUGUGGGUACUGGAUACAGGUACGAUAGGUAUCGGAAACACAACGAUACAAGCGUGUCCUUACACUCUCAACAUCUUCGACCUGACCAGCGAUAAACUUUUGAGACAGUACAGACUGAGGGCCGAAGACAUCAACAUGAAUACGUUUAUCGCCAACAUUGCCGUCGAUUUGGGGAAAGGUGGUUGCAACGACGCGUUCGCCUACAUGUCCGACGAGCUCGGAUACGGAUUGAUCGUUUACUCGUGGGAGCAGAACAGAUCUUGGAGAAUAACCCACAGUUACUUCAUGCCCGACCCGUUGGCCGGCGACUACAAUAUCGGCGGCCUGAAUUUCCAAUGGGGGGAGGAAGGGAUUUUCGGCAUGAGCUUGUCGCCCAUAGCCGUCAACGGAUACAGAACGUUGUUCUUCCAUCCUCUCAGCAGCAGAAGAGAAUUCGCUGUUUCGACGAGAAUUUUAAGGGACGAGAACUUGUCGCAGAACAGUUAUCACGAGUUCCAGAUUCUUCCCGAGAGGGGAGAGCUCGGCCACUGCACUGCCUCCGUUAUGGACGAAAACGGCCUCCAAUUUUUCAAUCUGAUCGACCAGAAUGCGGUCGGCUGCUGGAACUCCUUGUUACCGUACUCGCCCGAGAAUCAAGCGGUCGUUGCCAGACACGACGAAGCUAUGAUAUUUCCGGCAGACGUUAAGAUAAAUCGUGGUCUAUUGUGGAUCAUAUCGGACAGAAUGCCAGUUUUCUUGUUGUCAACGUUGAAUUACACCGACGUGAACUUUAGAAUAUUGACGAUGCCGGUUCGAGACGCGAUCGCGGGCACAAUUUGCGAGAACUCGGCCUGGGGCUUCGUUGGCAAUUCCCUUUGGUGGGAGAAUAAUUGA